AUGGGGAAUUACAGGUUCAGAUUGUCAGAUAUGAUACCAAAUGCCUGGUUUUACAAGCUCAAGGACAUGAGCAAAAGCAGAAAGAAGUACACCUCACAAGCUUUCAAGAAAAAACCACCUCCAGGAACUGUGGCAUCACAAAAACCCAACAUUUCUCAUCAAAGAUACUCUUAUUACUUCACCACAGAACCUGGCAGAGCUGAGAAAUUCCAUUACAAUUCACCUGUAAAUCCAAAAGCCUCAGAUACUCACUUCCCUGAUCAUCCACCGAGAAAAUCAUCCAAUAAAAGGAGUAAAAGAAAAACCAUUUACAAGCCUUCCCCAAAACUGGCCUCCACAUUCUCUGCUGAUUGUAGCUGUCGCGUUACGGUUAACUCAAACCUGACCAAGUCUAUUCCCGGUGAUUCACCUGAUGACUACUGUAGCUCUCCUGUUGAGAGCUCCUGUGAUGAGCUGGACUUCCCAUCGGAAUCUGAUGAAGAUGAUGGUUUUCUUGUUCCUGAUUCAAUGGAUCAUCAAUUAGCUUCCUGGUCUAGCUCUUGUAACUGUAAUGUUAGUUCUUCAACCGCUGACAUUAUAAUUGAUAUGAAUGAAGGAUCCUAUGAAAGGAAAAUCAAGGAGGUUGAAGGGUUUGGCAGGAUCGCUGAGCGAGAGCUUCCUCCUAUACUGACCAAGCCUGAAAAGUUCAACGACAAAUCGACUGAAGUUACUAAGUUCAGAAGAAAUUCAUCUAAAUUGGAGGAGGUCAAAGCACAUAGGUCUCUCUCUGUCAAGAUUGUCAAGGAGGAAAGCAUUAGGACUCAUAAAGAGCAAAAGAUCAAUCCUUCUACAAGAAAGUCAGCGAAUUCGACAGGGAUAAAACUCCGCGCAAAUACUCCAAGAAUUGCAAUCAGGAAAAUUCAGGCUUGUGCUCGAAAAAGUGUGUCAUUGCCAAGAAACAAGACCCUUUCAGAGAGUUUUGCAGUGACUAAGUCCUCAGUUGAUCCACAGAGAGACUUCAAGGAUUCAAUGAUGGAGAUGAUUGUGGAGAACAAUAUCUGGGAUUCAAAGGAUUUGGAAGACCUUCUUGCUUGUUACCUUUCACUAAAUUCAAAAGAAUAUCAUCAUCUCAUUGUUAAGGCAUUUGAGCAAAUCUGGUUUGACAUGACUGACCUUCACUUGUAA